AUGGAACAGAUAUGGUUGCUGCUCCUUCUAGCGAUUAGAGUCCUUCCAGGGUCUGCUCAGUUCAACAGUUACAACUGCGAUGCCAACCUCCACAGCAGAUUUCCUGCUGAAAGAGACAUCAGUGUCUACUGUGGAGUGCAGGCCAUUACAAUGAAGAUUAAUUUCUGCACGGUCCUUUUCUCGGGUUAUUCUGAAACAGAUCUGGCACUGAAUGGAAGGCAUGGGGAUUCCCACUGCAGGGGCUUCAUCAAUAACAACACCUUUCCAGCAGUGGUCAUUUUCAUCAUUAAUCUCAGCACCUUGGAGGGUUGUGGAAACAACUUAGUGGUGUCCACAAUUCCUGGCGUCGGUGCUUCUGGAAAUGCAACCUCUGUACAGAUAGGAAAUAUUUCUGGAUAUAUUGAUACUCCAGACCCACCAACAGUCAUCAGCUAUCUUCCUGGGCUCCUUUACAAAUUUAGUUGUAGUUAUCCAUUGGAAUACCUGGUUAAUAACACACAGCUUGCUUCGUCCUCAGCUGCUAUUUCUGUGAGAGAGAACAAUGGGACAUUUGUCAGCACGUUGAACUUGCUUCUUUAUAAUGAUUCAACCUACAGAGAGCAGUUAAUCAUCCCAAGUAUAGGAUUACCCUUGAAAACCAAAGUGUUUGCAGCUGUGCAAGCUACUAAUCUGGAUGGCAGAUGGAAUGUAUUAAUGGAUUAUUGCUACACAACCCCAUCCGGGAACCCAAAUGAUGAUACGCGGUAUGAUCUCUUCCUUAGCUGUGACAAAGAUCCUCAGACAACUGUUAUCGAAAACGGCAGAAGCCAGAGGGGCCGGUUUUCAUUCGAAGUCUUCCGCUUUGUGAAACACAAGAACCAGAAAAUGUCUACUGUCUUCCUGCACUGUCUCACAAAGCUCUGCAGAGCUGAUGACUGUCCCCUCCUUAUGCCAAUUUGUGGCAACAGAAAAAAGAGAGAUGCUGAGAGCAGGACCACUUGGGCCCCGCAAAGCACUUCCGGAAAUGCGGUCCUGUCUGCUGGUCCCAUCAUCACUCGGAGUGAUGAGACUCCAACCAACAAUUCACAGCUUGGUUCCUUGAGUGUGCCUCCCUUUCAGCUGAACGCUGUCACCAGCUCUCUGAUAUCAGGAAUCGUCAUUCUGGGAGUCACGUGCUUCUCUCUCCUCCUGUGCUCACUGGCCCUCCUCCACAGAAAGGGAUCCACUAGCUUGGUAUUGAAUGGUGUAAGAAAUCCUGUCUUUGAGUGA